GAAGCGGAGAGUGAAAUGCAAAGACACAAGAAAUGGCGCAGCUUCUCAUCAACCUAAGCUUGCCGUCCCCAACCUCAUUUCAGUCGACUCGUCACCUCCCCACAACUCGCUCCCGCCAAAAUGAAGCUGCCCAAGAAUGGUCGUCCCUGCUUCACAACCUCAAGUCUCACGGCAGAUUCUCUUGCCUUUUCUCAGGCAAUCGCAGAGAGGACCAAGCACGAAAAGCAUUAGAAGGUGCCCUGGGUGGAAAGAGAGAUGAAUUUGAGAAAUGGGACAAAGAGAUUAAGAAAAGAGAGGAGGUGGGUGGAGGCAGUAGUGGUGGUGGAGGGGGCUGGUUUGGGUGGGGCAGACGCUUCGGGUGGUCCAACGGUGAUGAUUUCUGGCAAGAAGCACAACAAGCAAGUCUUGCUGUCUUAGGAAUUUUGGUCAUGUAUCUAAUUGUUGUGAAAGGAGAGCUGAUGCUUGCUGUCGUCUUCAAUCCACUGUUGUAUGCCUUGCGAGGGGCAAGAAACAGCUUCACUUUCGUUACCAACAAAAUCUUAAGGAGGACAGAUGCUCAUGCUGAUUUUGAUAGUAUCUCAAAGAAAGAAGCAUACAGUCGUGUCUCCGCUAAAGAUAGUGUUAUAAGAAAAUGGGGAAGUGAGUGA